AGCCUUAGGUUACAUGCACUGCUAUUGAUACCGUGUGGUGGUAUUUUUAGCAGUUUUCAUCGACUUCAAUAUAUGAAGGUGAAGCUGUCACACCUGUUGGAUUGGCUCUAUGAGGCCGCCGGUGGUGUCGUGCCUGUGACCAGAGUUCUAUAACGGUGAGGCCAGGGAUGCCGCCGCAACAAAGCAAUGAACUAAUGUAGGAUACCCUGCCGGAGGACGGUAUUGACAUCGGAUAGACCGCAAUGAGGUGGAAAGGGCGGAUACCAUGUGCUCAUCUCCUAGCUUACAGGGCUCUGUGGUUCAGGCGCACGCCUGCUGAACACCGUCGUUGGCUCAGGUGGAUGCCGUGCUUGUAAGUGAAGAGUAGGUGCGGUAGAAGAGAUGGCGGGCGGUGUUGUUGUUUUGAAAUUUCGGGGUUUGACUCGCGUGUUGUCUUCUACUCACUUCCGUUUUACAUCCAGACAACAACAACGAUGACGACGAUGAUGAACUCCGCUGGCAAGAAGCGGAAGCACGCUGAUGCGUGCGAGAAGACUGUCCUGGCCCGUGUUGUCUUUGAGAACACGACGGCGAUCGAGCCGGUCGUGAUACCAGCUCUCGAUGUGGGGAGCGUAAAGAGCUUGUUGGUGGCCAUUGGCAACGUGGCACCAUUCCUCGGCAUCGGUGAUGUCGACCUCUCUUUCGAACCACCAGUCCUCCGUGGACAAACCCUCUUCCCUGCUGUCUUUCUCCUUCAGGAGACCUCCACGGGCAAACACGCCCUACAGCAUACCAGAUGGGUGACCGUGCACUGGAACGAGAGUCUGGACUUUUCUCGAUGGUACGCAAGGAAUGUGGAGGACGGGACCGAAGAUGAGCUCAAGGUGGAGCUGCAUCUACACGUUGAGAAGGACGACAAAUCCUGGUGCGACCAGGUUGAAGCGCUGGAGAGUCUGGAAAACGACCUGAGACUUGCUGGUACGGGAGAAACAACACUCGAAAACCGUCAGUACCGUCAUAUCCAGCUCGAAGACCUCGAAAACCCUCUGCAAGAGUGGCACCCUGCUUUUGAGGACGAGGACGAUGAAACAGCCGGCGAAUCUCAAGUGGCUGGCACGUACGAGUGGUUCCCAAUGAGACAAAUCACGAAUCCCUCGCAGGGCUGUCAGCUUUGUCAUCGCAUUGCUCAAGAACGACCAAAGAUAGCGCCACGUGGAAAGAAAGCUGCGAAAAGACAGAAGGCGAUGGCCAGACGGGAAGCUAAAGAACCUGAAGGUUCCAGCAAGGAUGACAGUGGUGCAGGAACAGGCGCAGGAGCUGAGACAGCUGUAGCAGGGUGGACUCAAACAUUCGUCAUGCGUUGAUCCUCACGGCACGGUUGAACAGUCAUGAAACACCAAACCACAGAAGUCAUGAGGAAUGCUCGUGGAAAGACACCGUGAAGGAAGGAACACCAAUGAAGGCAGCUCAAACAGCAGAGUCUAUUGCAUGAUAUUGCCUCGCACACACAUUCCUCUCAGCUCA